AUGACAACACCUAAAUUACCAGAACCAAAAAAAGGUAUUAUUAAAAACCUUAAAGUUUAUUAUAGAAAGCUAUUUAAUCAACAAAUACUUCAAAAUGUUGAAGAAAAUAAAAUAAAUCCUGAAAAAAUUGACAUAUUACAAGCAAUUCGUUUUAUUGUUUCUGCUUGGGAAAAUGACAUAAAUGCAACAACAAUUUAUCAUUGUUUUCUUCACUGUGGAAUCCAUUUACGAACAGAAGAGGAUCCAGAUGUUAAUCACAAUUUAAUAGAUAUUCCAGAUGUUAUAGAUGAUAUUGCAACUCAAAUAAAUGAUCUUGGAUACAGAAAUCCAAUGAAUGUCAAAGAACUUCUUAAUCAACCUGAUGAAAAUGAAGUUGCAGAUAUUCCAACAGAUGAGACUAUUAUAGAGAUGGUAAAAGAAAGAAUGAAAGAAAAUAAUAAUGAAAAUGGAGAAAACAGUGAAGGUGAUGAUGCAAUCGAAAGACCAAAAAUCACAUGUAUAGAAGCUAUUAAUAUGCUAGAUUCUUUAGAGAUUUUUUUUCUUCAACAAAAUGAAGAUUAUGAAACAGAUAAUUAUGAAUCAGACAAUUUA